AUGCGCGGCGCGGGUAACAUCACUUCAUCCAACAACUCUCUAUACCACGGGUGCAACGCAUCUGCUUCGCCCACUUCGACACGCAGCGCCAACAUGUGCGUCACCACAGCUCCACCGCUCCUCGCUUCCACCAGCAUCACGAUAGCCAAACCAGCUCUGCCGAAACGCUCGGAAAGAAGACGUUCUCUUUUCGUUGAAUCGCGCCCAUCGUUUGACGCACCACCACUUGUGCUUGCUUGCACACUUCCUAGUUGGGUUUCGGCGAUGGCGGAUGUUCCGCAGUCGGAUGCUGUAGGCGUAGACGAGCGCAAGAGAGCAAGUACGACUGGUGUCGCACCACUCAAUAUCGGCAGAAACCACCUCGCUUUCACUGCCAACACGUCGUCAUCGGCUUCGACGAGCGCUCCAGUCUCUCAGCCUGUCAGCAGUCGUGCUUCCAAUUCGCGCGCUUCUCCACAAAUCAUCGCUGUGAGACCAGAUUCAGUCGCGUCCAACCUGGUGGAUGGCAUCGGAUUGCACUUUGACUCGCCCGAGCCGCUCGCUCUCGACCUCACGAGUUCCGCAACGCAUCACACGGAGACGUCGAUGUCGACAUCGACUCGAAACUCGUCGGUAUCUUGGAUAUCUGGCUCCGGCACUUGCACUUUGUGCGCAAGUGAUGCGUCCACUUUGAGCACCACUUGUUCGGCGCACUCGGCUGCGCAUACUUCACCACCUUGGUCCAUCUCGUCGUCCAGACAACGCGGUAGUCUUGUGUGCGCCAAAUCGCACGAUGCUGCUUUUCAGCGUCCAGUCCAGCUCCCAGAACAGCGGAGAAGAGCUUCGCUGCUCACCGCUGUUCCUAUGGGCUUAUCCAAAAGCCAUCAGCAAAUCAUCGAUGCUUGCCCCGCCGUCUUCCAAAGACACGAGGCCGAGCGCUUGUUCCAGAGUAUAAGGGGGCUGAUGCAUGAAUUCAGCCGGAUUGGGUUAGGUGAAGGUCAAGACGAGCAUGUACGCGAGCCGCAACAGAAUGUCACUCCGAGUAUCAGCAUCGACACUGUCGCAGCAUGCGCGCAAGUAGACAGCACAGCAGAGGCGGUUCCUCAAUCUCAUUCGUGGUCGCAACAGCACGAUCAGCAGAAUCUGGUACCUCCCUCCGCCCAUCUGUCCCACACCACGACUGACGUCCAACACAGUACUCCACCACCCACGAAAAGUCUCUGGCAUCUCUUUCGUUCUCGCUCACCUGCAUCGACUUGCGCACGUGCAACUUCGGCGUCCUCGUAUUCCUCUACAUCGUCAUUCAUGGCUCGAUCCACAUCGCCAGCUGCGAACAAUCCGCGCACCUCGAACACGUCCAACUCGAGCUUUUCCCUGUUCAGUCGCAAGUUGCUCGUCGGUUCCGCUUCCGAUGUCGGCUGCACCAGCACCACGACGGACCGACUGGCACGCGCUCGACUCACGCGCACGCGCGUCGAUGAAUGCGCUUUGGCCGAACUCAUGGUCUCGUGCGCCGACGCGAGGCACACCUUGAAAACCAGCAGCUCCCCCGAAAUGCUUCGAGAGGCGGGGCUCAAGUUGGAACGUGGAUGGAGAGACCAAUUGGCCGAAGCGCACGAGUUGAGAACUAAGCUCGAACUGGUCGAGAAUACAGUGGAGGAUCUGGACGAGGAGAAUCAUGGGUUGAGAGGGCAGUUGGGAUGUUUGAGUGAGCAGCUCGCACAAAGAGAGGAGGAGAACAGAGCGCAGAGCGCCAAGCUGGAAGAAGAGUUGCAGAGCGUCAGGAGCGAGGUGCAAGAGGCGAGUGAGAUCGAGCGAAGCGCAUGGCAGGUGGAGAGAAGCGCAUUGAUCGCUCAGUGGAUGGAGGAGAGGGCGAUUACGGCUGGUCUAGGUGUGAUGUUGGGUAAGACACGCGAGAUCAGGAGCCAAGUCAUCGCGGGCGAGGGCGACUCAAUGGACGUACAAGCCAGUCUGGUCCUUGAUCAAGCGAGCGAUGAUGCGAUUGGUGCCAACCUUGCCAUGCACGUGCAAGAGGCUCUUGUACAUGCUCGAGCGCUUCAAACCGAAGAGCUGCUGGAGUGGCACUCGGCGUACGAACAGAUCUUGCGUUGUUCAGAACAUCGAUUUGCGCAAGCCGAAGCUGCACCACCGUCAACGCUGGUCGACGAGCGUGUGUUACUGAUCGGCUCAGACGAGCGAUUACUCUGUUCUAUCGUUCAGCGACUUGGUGCUCUCGGCUUGACACGUGUGCUGGUUGCCACUCCGGUCUCGCGUCCACUGUCGCCUUGUUCGUCAGCCGUCUUGAGGGAAUCCGGCAUACAGACCAUCACCUUCGACCUGAUGGUGGACAAGAUUUGGGCGAAAUUCGUCCAUGUCGCGCGGGCCAGGUUGCGUGGCGAUCUGGAUUGUGUGGUCAACGCGUUUGAUCGACUCACAGUCGACGAGCUCGGUGCGCUCGGUGGCCUGGUGCGAGACCAGUGUGUCUCUACGUCGACCAAGCCGUUGAGCGUGGUAAAUGUGGUGUACGAUGUCCAAGGACACGCUGGUGCGAUGCAGUCCAUGUGCACAAUGGCGAUGAUCGGGCUGUGUCGUUCGCUUUCGAUUCAUCGUCACGAGAGCAAAGCAGCAAGUGCGGUGCGUCUCAAUACGGUGGUCUCGGAAUGUGGCGGCAAGCAUGUUGUGGAAAGCAUUGUUCGGUUGAUCGACCCUUGCUGUUACACUGCCGGAGCUGUUGUGCACGUCGGUGGCGGGUGCGUGAGCUGCUUGGGUGCGCCGCUGUGCUCUUGCACAGCACAAGCCAGUGGAGCACUCGUGCACGCCAUGCAAGCUCGCGAUGAGCGAACAGGCUGGCUCAGCCAGAACAAACGCAUUGCCGACUGCGACUUGUGGGAAGCCAUACAGAGCGAAAACUCGGCUUUGAAGGCGAGGUGCGAGCUGCUGGAGCGACAGCACAUCCUGGCUAACGCUCGACGCGUAUAA